UACAGCAAACAUACGUACAAGCUUAUGAAAAUGUUGUCAGUUGUGUGAUUUAUUUGAACUGUGAAGACGCUCGUGUAGACAAUUUUUUUGCUCAGUGAUAUGCGAAUGUAAAAAUCUGUGCCAUUAAAAUGCAGCGAAGAAACCAGAUUCUAUCACGGCAAAGAAUUGAAGAAAUUUUCAAUGAUGAUGACGAGUCACUUGAUGAAGCGUCUGAUGAAGAUCAAGAUUUUCGAUGUGAUGAAUCUGAAAUAAAUGAGUCUGAUAUAUCUACAGAUUCUUUUGAUAGCGUUGAAAGUCUUAGCAGAGAAACACAAGGAAAUAAGGAAUGUUUUCCUGCAAAAGAUGGUACGAUUGUUUGGUAUAAAGAUCCUCAACAAAUGCAAUGCAGCAGAAUGCGACAAGAAUGCAUUCUUUCAAAUAAACCAGGCCCUUCACAACACGCACGUUCCUUGGUUGCUAGCAUAAAAGGUGCUUUCGAUUUAUUCAUUUCACUAGAACUGAAACAAAUUAUUGUUGAAAUGACCAACCUCAAGGGCGUGCAGUUAUAUGAAAGUAAGUGGGAGAUCAUUGAUAUAAUGGAACUGGAAGCAUACUUUGGGCUGCAGAUCAUGGCUGGUGUUUCCAAGUCUAACGGGGAAAGCUUGAGAUGCUUAUGGGAUGAAACAAAUGGAAGACCCAUAUUCCGCGCUGUUAUGCAUAUUGAAAGAUUUAUGCAAAUUUCACGAUGCCUCCGUUUUGAUAGCCAUGAAGAUAGGGAAACCAGACGGUUACGUGAUAAGCUAGCUCCAAUAAGAAAUAUUUGGGACAAAUGGAGCAAAAAUCUUAAACUGAUGUAUAAUCCAAAUGAAAAUGUGACCGUCGAUGAGCAGCUGGUACCUUUUCGUGGAAGAUGCUGUUUUAGACAGUACAUACCUUCCAAACCUGCCAAAUAUGGCAUAAAAAUAUGGGCUCUUUGCGAUUCCAAGUCCAACUACGCAUGGAAUAUGGAUGUCUAUCUAGGAAGGGCCAGAAAUACUCAGCCAGAAAAGAAUCAAGGUAAAAGCUAUCAACAUGAGAAAAAUAGCAGUGAAACAAAUAAUACAAAAAUAUUUUCUUUAGGUGAAAAUGUAGUUAUAAAUCUCACACGCAAUUUGGGGAGAGGUUAUACCGUCACGUGUGACAACUUUUUUACAACCUACAAUUUGGCUGUCGAAUUGCUACGACGUAAAAUAACGGUAGUAGGAACAGUUAGAAAGAACAAGAAGUUUCUUCCCCUCCAAGCUAUUGACGUCAGGAAAAAACCAGAGUAUUAUUCGGAAUUCUUUUUCACACAAAAUGUGACUGUUGUGACCUAUAUGCCAAAAAAAUACAAAUUCGUUGUUGCAAUGAGUACUCUUCAUCAUUCGGCAGAGACUAGGGCUGAUCAGAAAAAGAAACCAGAAAUAAUACAUCACUAUAAUGCGACUAAAGCAGGUGUUGAUGCGCUGGACCAAUUAGUAGCAACGUACACAUGUAAACGCCAAACGAAACGAUGGCCAGUUGCACUCUUUUCCAAUAUGGUCGAUGUUUCGGGAUAUAACGCAUAUGUUAUAUGGACCGAACUUAAUCCCGAAUGGAACAGAAAUAAAAACUUUAAGCGGCGAUUAUUUUUAGUAGACUUGGCCACAUCUUUGGUAACUCCGCACAUUGCACGCCGAAAGCGAAUGCCCUAUGGUCCUUCUGCAAAAAGAGUUGUGGAAAACAUCCAGGAAGCAGUCGCAGCAGACACUCCCAGUUUAUCCACGGUCGUGCAGCCUCAAGAUUCUCCAUUAUGCUUCUUGGGUAAGAGGCAAAGGUGUUUUUAUUGUCCACAUACUAAAAACUCCAACAAGCAUUCAGUUCGUUGCGAUAAAUGCUUGAAAUUUAUAUGCAAACAACAUAGUGUAAAGGCAGUUAUAUGUAUAAAUUGUCAGAAUUUAUGUAUUUUUUACUGAGUCCUAUUGAAAACA